UAUGAGCUAGUGCGCGAGCGCUGGGCGGGAUCGGCUCAGCAUCACCCCUGAUGUGAGUACCGCGGGACUCAAGCAUGGAUACACGGGCCACACCUGUGCGCCAGCUGCGUUACCUGCGGACCUGUUGGAGACCACCGGGCACAGUUGCGCAGAUCUGGGCAUCCUGCAGCCCGGCGAUGGCGUUGUUGUGACCACUGGGUUCGACAGAGACCUUAUGGGGCCCCUUGCGCAUCAACCCGCCCGCUGGAUUAUCAUAACUGGGUUCUGUUCAGACCGGACCGAACCUCAGCGUGUGUGAGAGUGAUUUUGAGACAAAGACCCCUGCGCGUGCCGCUGAAACCGACGCGCUAUGGACGCGGUUCAGCUGGACGGGCUCAACCCACCGGCGGAGAACGGCAGUGUGUCGCAGUCUGAGCCGCACAAGCGGCUGUCGCAGGUGGACACGGUGGUUCUGCCGGUCCUCGGGGGGUUCGGGAGGUACCAGCGGCGCCUGGUGGCUCUGACGUGGAUCCCGGCGUUCCUCAUCUCGUUCAGCCAGUUCUCGGACCACUUUCUGCUCGGCCAGCCGGACAGGAGGUGCGUCCGUCCGGAUCAGAACAGGACGAGUUCGGGUCGGGAUAUUUUCGAACUGAUCGCGUCCGGGAACGGCGCAGAGAGCAGCAACGUUACGGCGUGCGUGUGCUCCGAGUGGCGGUUCGAGCUGCAGUCGGGACUGCAGCAGAAUGUGGUCACCAAGGACAGAGUUCCUGUUUGGAUGUUUUUCUUGGAGUCUUUGGCUGAAUAG